AUGCAGCUCGACGACACCGACCCGAGCCUGGCCUUUACCGGUGCAUGGAAGUAUUUUGGACCCGGAUCAGAUGGAACUAAAGCAGCAUUUAAUAAAACUCUCUCAUGGAGUGAGAGAGCGGGAGAUAACGUUACCAUAAACUUCUUUGGGACCUCGAUCUCGGUCCAUGGCUGGCUACGUCGCCCUCAAGCUGAAGACACAGUCAUGCCCGUUUCCUCCUAUACUAUCGACAGUGAUCCGUUCGUAGUGUACGCCCCGGACAAGGCAGCAAUUGGUAGUAAAACGAACAUCUCUCGCGCCGUCUUUUUCUCCUCUCGGACGCUAAGCAUGGACAAUCAUACGCUAGUUAUAAAGAAUGAAAAGGAUAAUGGCCGAUAUAUAUUGGACUUUGUCAUAGUCCUUAAUUCGACUGCUCCUACUCCGGGAAGCCCUCCUGGGCCUUGUGAAUCAAGAGGUUCAGGACCCAUGCCGUCGUCCACCAAUUCAUUUGCAUGUCGCAGUUCAGCACUUUCUUCUGGGGGAAGAAUCGCGAUCGCGAUAGUGGCGUCCAUAAUCGGCCUAAUGUUCGUGAUUCUCUUCGUGCUCGCAGUCAGGCGUCACCGGAAGAAACAAAGAGAUAUGGAACGGAAUCAGGCGCACCAACCUACUCUCAAGUGGAUAGCAGACACGAACGACUCGUUGCGCGACUUCUUCCGUCACAAGACGCCGACAGGAUUCAACACUGAGACAGGCUCUAUAUCUUACCAGACGUGUAGUAGCGCCCACAGGGUAGGCGCCUACGCAAAUUCGGUCCGGGACGACGUGACAAAUCCGAGGACGCCAUACCGCUCCGGUAUUACCCUCGAGUACGUCUACGAGAAAGGGUCUGAGAAUGGCUCGGACACGAGCUCAACGACGGACACCGUUAAAUCCACUACCCUCAACGCGGCUCCGAGCGCUUUCGGUAAUAGAUUGUAA